AUGUUUCUUCCGCUGGAUGAUGAGUCAGUUGUAUCGUUUUACAAGACCGAGUUAGAUGGCGUUAAUGAUCCAUAUCCAGGCCCGCCUAUAGAUGAUUCUGGGACUAUCAGUCUAGCUUUUCUGAUAAGUUUAUCAGUGACUUUUGCUCUCUUGAUGGUGGUACUUGUCGUUGUAGCGAUUUAUGUUACAUUUUGUGGGGCAGACGAAGCUGAAUACGAUGAAGAGACAGGCGCUGGUUCCCGUGGUAGUAAUGGCGGAUUACAAGCCUUUUUUUCAAAAAGACGUAGUGGUAUCUUAUUGGACUCCAGCUUUACUUCACCCGGCCAGUUCGAUGAUGAAGCCGCUUUGCAACAACAAGAGGAUCAAGAAUUACCCCGUAUGUCAGAUUUUGAAGUUGAACUUUAUAGGCAUGCCAAAGAGUUUCAAAAGAUGAACCCACCUAACGUUAAAGAAUUUGGAACCUUUCUCAAUGAAACGGAUUUACAAUUUAUCAGAGAUAGAGGUUUACAGAGUUACUUCUUUUUGCCCAGCAUUAACGACAAUACAGAUGCAGACGGGAAUUUUUUACCAAGUCUAUUGGUGCAAGAUAAAUUGGAUGUUACUUUUACCAAAUUUAAUAAAAGCUCUUCCACUGUGCUAAAUUACCCAUUGCCUUUUAACAAAAAAGCUGCUGUUUAUUUUGAAGUUAAAGUCUUUAAGCACGUAUCAGAUUCAAAUUCAAUUUUCAGCAUUGGGUUAACAACUUGUCCCUAUCCUUAUUUUAGAAUUCCGGGUAUGUCUAUCUAUUCGAUCGCCUAUGAAUCGACGGGGAAACUAAGAAUAAACAACCCAUUUACCCCAAGUACGUUAUUACCAAAGUUACAGGAAGGUGAUGUUGUUGGAUUUGGUUAUAGGUAUAGAACUGGAACUAUAUUCAUUACGCAUAACGGUAAGAAAUUAAUGGAUGUUACUCAAAAUGUGGGGAUUGAUUUGUUUAUCAGUUUAGGAUCAAUGAAUGGCGCCUUUACGAGAACUUACACUAGAGAUGGUCUCCUAGAAGACCCCGAUAACAUUGAGUUGCGCAGUGCCCUAGCAGAAAACAGAGAUAUCGAACUACCGAAAGAUUUACAAAGAGUCCACGAUGUUCGUCAAGAGGGUGAUCUGCCCACUGAUGAGGUUGAAUUAAAUGUGAACCUGGGCCAAUUAGGAUUUGUAUUCGUGGAAGCCAAUGUAAAGAAGUAUGCGUUUGGUAGUUUGUUUGGUGAAAUUGGUAUACCGCCAUCUUACAACGGCGCGGAGAUUAAAAAAGAUACAGUCUUACAAAAGGGCGAAGAUCUACCACCUAAAUAUGCAGAUGAUGAAGAUCCAGAUUCAUUUUUUGGUAAUAUCAAUAUUAAUGUGGGAAACAGUGUUGAAAGAUCAAGACAGCAGCAACAACUUGGACAGCGUGAAGAAGAGGAAGCCGAAGAAUCACAGGACGAAUGGCAACGGAAUCAAUCAGAAAUAUCAAGGAUUGUUAAUCCCAAUACUAAUACCAAUACAAAUGAAACGGGAUACGAAAGGAAUACUUCAGCUUAUGACAGGGAACAUAACCUAACCGACGAAGAGACGGAACCGCGAGCAAACGAAGAGGAACGUCCUCUGAUUAAACAAAGCAAACCAACCAGCGGUUCCAGAUCCAAUGCUAAAAAGAAGAGAAACAAGAACAAGAAUAAGAAGAAGAGGUCAAAGAAAUAA